UCCUUUUUCAGAAACCUCGCUGUGUUUAGAACAACGAGCAAUUGAACCAAGUUAGAAAACAAAGAAAUACAAAAAACGGUCAAACGUGAGCUCAGGAAAGAUCUACAACGGAUUAUGUAUAAUAAAAAAACUUUGGUGUAUACAGAUGACGUAUUAUUAUCUUAAAUUGAAUUCCUAGAAGUGACAGUGGAUCUAAGAUUUAAUUGACAAGAUAUGCCAUUAUAAAACUUUGUAUAGUAUUAUUUCUGAAAGUAACAUAACUUUAUAGAGUUUAAUAAAUGAGAUGUUCAAAAGAAUUCUCGGUAGACAGUUGCAAGUUAAAUAAAAAGAAAUCACGUUUUUUUAAAUACCGAUAACAUUUGUGUACACGGCGGUAAAUUGUUACAUAAAAACAUGGAUACUACAACACAGUUUGAAGACAACAUGCUGGAUACGUUUGACGUAUCGUCAUCGACAGCGUCGUCGAUACAAGUUGGCUGGAAUAUAAGGUCCGCCCAUGUGCCAUUUGUGCAGGGUUUUAGGGUACAUUAUCAGAAGAUCUCCAGCACGUACGUGCAAUACGGACCAAAACUGUAUCCGACCGAAAACGAAUACGAAAUUGGAAAUUUAGUUGCAGAUACCUAUUACAAAAUAUGUCUUGUUGUGUACAGGAACUACACGCAUUCACCAUAUCGCACAUGCACGGACGCUUCAACAACGAAUUGGCAACUGCCGGUUUCUAUCGGUAGUAGUAUCGGAGCUGUUCUUGCUUUGUCAGUGAUUGUUCUAAUAGUGUUGCUUUCACGUUGUCAAACUCGGUUAAAAUACAGAGGGAAAAAAUCAAAGCGAUUGCAAAAAUAUGACACAAUUUCGUCGACAUACCACGACGAUCAAUACGAAUUCAGUGAGACAGUCACUCACGGAAACGAUGACGAAUUUGUGUCAGAAUUUGACGAUGAAGCUUUCUACGAUGUCUAUUUGCAUGACAACAAACGACCUACGCGGCCGACAGUCGGCGAAAAAGUAUGUGUUCAUAAUGGCCUAUGCAGGGGCCAUAUUCAUUCUAACAGCAUUUCUCACAAUCCUCAAAAGACUUAUUGCGGACGAGCACAGUGUUUCCAGCCACAUCAACAUUCGCGCCAAUUUCGGGCGUACUCAAUCCAAGCAGAUGGCAACGUGUGUUUUUUCAAUCAGCCAUGUUCGCCGCUAGCGAAGGAACCGCGGCGAUCAGCGUUUCACAGACAAGACUCAAAAGAUUCAAGAACGAAAGAAGAACAGGACUCACCACAAAAAGGAUCGUGGACUAUCCCGAAAUUAAGUCCAAUGCAAGCCAAUGACCAUCCGCAAGAGACACUGGAUGUACAGACAAUAAUGCACAAACCUCACUCAGUGCCGAAUACAUCAACGUUUCUGGAUGAGGGAACAGACGCUGCUUUGAAAGAGUCGUCAACAAAAUUGAACACCGGGCCCAAUAAUCAAGCUCCAAAACCGCAGUUGGAGAAGCGCCUACUUAUUACUGACAUUGACUUUGAUGAUACAGAUCUCAGUAAAUACGGGGCGACUGGCGGAACACAUCGAAGGGAUGUUGCAUCGAAGCAAAUAGAUGUGACAAGCAAAGAAAGAAUGAUUGCUCUUCCAGAGAGCGACUCAUUCGACGAACAUACAGUUUAACGACGAACAUACAGUUUAACAACGAACAUACAGUUUAACGACGAACAUACAGUUUAACGACGAACAUACAGUUUAACGACGAACAUACAGUUUAACAACGAACAUACAGUUUAACGACGAACAUACAGUUAAACGUAGUUCAAAGAUUUUUGUUUUAUAUUAUGGUUUUUGUAUGUCUCCUUUCUAAAUAAUACAAAUAGGGAUUUUAUUUAAUGGUAAAAGUGGGCAUGCAAAACAUUGUAUGAGUAAACAAAUAAUAAUAUCAUCAAGAAGUGUGCUUAAUUAUUUAUUUAAUUUCAGGCACUGAUACAUUUUGAU